AUGCAGCAAGGGCGCGUGCUGUGGUGCCUGGAAGAGACGGUCUCGCGGCCGCUCUUGAGAGCCGAAGAGGCGUGGCAGCAGACUCAGGAGCUCGCCUUGGCGCUGCACAGCCAGGAGUACGUUGAUAAGCAAGGGCGCGUGCUGUGGUGCCUGGAAGAGACGGUCUCGCGGCCGCUCUUGAGAGCCGAAGAGGCGUGGCAGCAGACUCAGGAGCUCGCCUUUGCGCUGCACAGCCAGGAGUACGUUGAUAAGAUGCAGCAAGGGCGCGUGCUGUGGUGCCUCGAGGAGACAGUCUCGCGGCCACUAUUGAGAGCCGAAGAGGCGUGGCAGCAGACUCACGAGCUCGCCUUGGCGCUGCACAGCCAGGAGUAUGUUGAUAAGUACAAGAUGCAGCAAGGGCGCGUGCUGUGGUGCCUCGAGGAGACGGUCUCCCGGCCGCUCUUGAGAGCCGAAGAGGCGUGGCAGCAGACUCAGGAGCUCGCCUUGGCGCUGCACAGCCAGGAGUACGUUGAUAAGGUUAAAACGCAACAUGAAGCGGCCCAAGAUUUCUUACAGAAAAUAACGCCAUACGAAGACAAGUUACUGACAGUGGAGAACCUAGACGAGAAGUUCAAGAUUUAUGUGGAGUACAUAGGACUGGUUGAAGAGUUGGCGCACGAUAAGAAGUAUGGUGAUUGCGAUAUUGAUGGAAUUCUGAAGGUGCUAUACGACCGCGCUACAACCGAGUGCAUCACGGUCUCAGGCGUGCACUCGCUACUCAAAGCCUACGUGCGUCACGUGCGAGCAUGCGCUUCCCGCGCCUCAUACUGUCGCAUUCUCGACGCAUGCUCGCGCCGCUGCCCGCGACGUCACACCUUCUGGUCGCUCAAGAUUCGCUACGCGGAGCAAGAGUCCGUCCCCGCCGCGGAGGUGAGCUAAUGAGGGCUAUCGUUUUUAUACUUAACAGUUGGCACCCCUGGCGAUUGACAGGACCUUACUCUACAGUGGCGCCAUCUUGAUGAGUGCAAAUGCGAUAGUCCUCCUACCACUUUAGCGCUCACCAGUUGGUGCCACUGUCUUCGCUACUAGCAAGUGACAGGACCUUACUCUACAGUGGCGCUAACUGGUGAGCGCUAAAACGAUAGCCCUCAU